AUGGCUUCAUCCGAAUCACCACUCUUAAACCUACCGCAAGAAAUCCGCGACAUGAUCUACAGCCUGCUCGUAUCCCGCGAGACCAUCUACAUCGGGCGGCGCAAAGUGCCCCCGCACCACUGCCACGGCAUCAUCCUCGCCAGCAAACAAACGCACCGUGAGACGAUCGAGCUCUUCUAUAGAACGAGCGUAUUCGCCAUUGCCUCGGAGAAUGUAAAGGAUGGUCUCGAAUGGAUCGUCGGGUUACCGGACCGUUAUCGCGAUCUUCUGAGCCGCAUUAUCUUUCUGAGGAGCGCGAGGUAUAUUGACACUUAUUCUAUGAUUCGAAUGCGGGCGUUGGGGGAUGCUGCGCAUCGGGAGUUUUUACUGGAGCCUUUGGUGCGUAGUUUGGAGGAGAAGGGACUUAGCAUGAGGGAGGGCGUGUUGGCUGCGGAGUAUGCUGUUUGGUAA